AUGUUCUUCCUGAAAUCCUCGUUGUUUCUUCGCAUUAGGAGUUUAAUCAUUCCUUAUUUUUUUUAUUCCUUAUUCAUCCCCUGUCAAUCUUCUUUGUGUUCUGUUUUGUUCACUGCUUUGCUUGUUCAUUGCCGCCAUACGACGUUUUAUUUAGCGCUUUCGUCUCUUUCUUUCUCUUCAUCACUUUAUUUUCACUUUGUUUUCAUUCCUAUUUGCGUUUCUGUUGCUAGAUGUUACAUAAUUUUUCGUCUUCCAUUUUUAAUUCAUUAUGUUUUUUCUUUCCUUCUUUUUUCUUUCUUUAUCGUUUUUUUAUUCUUUUGUCUUUUUCAUUUUUUCCUUCUUUUAUUUCCGUUCUUUUUUUCUUUCGUUCUUGUUCAUUCCCUCUUUUCAUUCUUUCUUUUUUUUGUUUGUUCUUUUUUAUUUUUUUUCUUUAACGUUAUUUCUUUCUUUUUUUUCUUGCUUUCUUUUUCUGUCUUUCUUUGUCAUUCAAUUCUUUUUCUUUCUUUCCCUCUUUUUCCUUUUUUUUCAUUUUUUCUUUCUUCUUCUUUCUCUUUCUUCUUUCUUUCUUUUUUUUGUCGUUCGUUCGUCCCUUUUCUUUCUUUAUUUCUUUCUUCCUUUUUCUUUCUUUCGUUUUCUUCCUUUCUUUCUUCGUAUUUUUUCUUUCGUACAUUUUCUUUCUUUCUACCUGUUUUUGAUCUUUACUUUCAUUCAUUCAUUCUUUCUUUCUUUCUUCCUUUUCAUCCAUUUUUUCUUUCAUUCUUUCUUUCUACCCAACUUUCUUUUGACAUCAGUUCUUACAUUCCCUUCAUUUUUCAUUCCUUUUUCAUUUAUUUGAUUUUUCCUUUCAUUCCUUCCAUUAUAUGUUUCUUACUCUUGAUUUGCCAUUAUAUCCAUUUCUUUUUGACGUUGAUUUCCUUCCUUUCUUCAUUCUUCACUUCCUCCCUUCUCAUCUUUCUUCCUUCCGUCCUCCCUUCCUUCCUCACUUCCUUCCUUCCUCACUUCCUUCCUUCCCUUCUUUCCUUCCUUCUUACCUUCAUUCUUACCUUCCUUUUUUCCUUCCUUACUUUUCCUACAUUCUUUCCCUCCUUCUUUUCUUUCUUCCCCCUUCCCUUCGUUCCUCCCUUCCUUCGCUCCUUUAUUUUUACCUUCUUUCCUUUCCCCCUUCCUUUCUUCCUCCCUUACUUUUUCCUUUUUCCGUUCAUUCUCCCUUCCUUCGCUCUUUUCUUCUUUCCUCCCUUCAUGCUUUCCUUCCUUCUUUCCUUCUUUACUUCCUUCCCAACUUUUUCCUCCCCCCUUCCUUUCUUUCCCACCUUUCUUCCUUCCUCCCUUCCUUUCUUUCUUCCUUACUUUCUUCCUCCCUUACUUUUUUCUUCAUUCUUUCUUACCUUCCUUCUUACCUUCCUUUCUUUCUCUCUUCCUUACUUUUUCCUUCAAUCUUUCCUUCGUUCCUUUCUUCCUUCCUUCCUCCCCUUUUUCCUUCCUUCCUUCCUUCCUACCUUUUUUCCUUCCUCCGUUCCCCACUUCCUUCAUUUUUUUCAUUCCUUCUUACUUUCCUUCCUUUCUUCCUCUUUUCUUCCUCUCUUACAUUUUUCUUCUUUCCUUCCUUUCUUCUUUCGUUCCUCCCUCCCUUCCUUCGUCCCCUCCUUUCUUCUUUCCCACCUUUCUUCCUUUCUCCGUUCCCCUCUUCCUUCUUUCUUUCCUUUCUUCUGA